AUCGACUUCUGCAUCAACAGUUCCGACUUCAACAGAUGGAACAGUGACUUCUGCAUUCACAGUUCUGCCUUCAACAGUUGGACAAUUGACUUCUGCAUCCACAGUUGUGACUUCAACAGAUGGACCAUUGACUUCUGCAUCCACAGUUCUGGCUUCAACAGAUGGAACAAUGACUUCUGACCCACUGAUUUCUCAAACUACGGUUCAAACUUCAACAGCAGAGCCAUUGACUUCCGCAUCUACAGUUCUGGCUUCAACAGUUGGAGCAUCGACUUCUGCAUCUACAGUUCUGACUUCAACAGAAGGACCAUUUACCUCUGCAUCCACAGUUCUGACUCCAACAGAUGAACCAUUGACUUCUGCAUCAACAGUUCUGACUUCAACAGAUGGAACAGUGACUUCUGACCCACUGAUUUCUCAAACUACGGUUCAAACUUCAACAGUAGAGCCAUCAACUCCCGCAUUCACAGUUCUGACUUCAACAGAUGAACCAUUGACUUCUGCAUCAACAGUUCCGACUUCAACAGGGGGACCAUUGACUUCUGCAUCCACAGUUCUGACUUCAACAGGUGAACCAUUGACUUCUGCAUCCACAGUUCUGACUUCAACUAAUGGAACUGUGACGGCUUCAACAGCUCGACCAGUAAUUACCGUCCCAUUGACAACUCAAUCUGCGGUUCCAACAACUAAACCACCAGAUUGCCAGAAUGGAGGAUAUCGCAAUGGUACAGAAAAAUGCAUCUGUCUAACAGGAUUCCGCGGAGACCUUUGCGAGCAUUUCUCAGAUUAUGUUAAACCAGAAGUGGUUAAGACAAAAGUGAUUGUUGAGGUGGUGGUGAACCAGGAUUAUGAAACAGAAUAUAAUGAUGACAAAUCGCCAGAAUACAAAGACUUUGUGAAGAUCUUUACACAACAGAUGACUUCAUACUAUAGAAAAGUCAACAUAGAGAACUUCGAAGGUGUGAAUGUUACAAAAGUGAGUUCUGCAGUUUCCUUUGUUAGGAGAUAUAGGUCAAGAAGUCAUGGAGUGAAUGUAAGACAUGAUAUUGUGCUGUCGCUUCAAAAUAAUGCUGCCUUUGAGACACAAUAUGGAAAUAAUUUUGAUGAAAUCGAGGAGGCGGUUUUUAACCUGACUAGCUGCAGAAAAGGUGACACAGAUUGUCCUGAAUUUGACAUUUCCAAUCAGACAAAUGUUAAAGCAGAAGAUUUUGGUCUGAAUAUUUGUGCAGACAUCAUUCCAGACCCAUCUCUUCUUGAGUUCUAUGAAGCCCUGAAUGCCAGUGGGUGGAGUUGUGUGACGAUGUGUGACAAGAAUCACAGCAACCCAAAGAACUGCCUCAACAAGGGCGUAUGCAACGUGUACAGCGGCAUCGGACCCAUCUGCGAAUGUGCAAAUGUUGAUUCUACCUGGUACCUCGGUGAUGACUGCAGUUCUCCAAUCUACAAGGUUGCCUUCUACGCUGGUUUAUCAACUACUCUCGUAGUUCUCUUACUGACCGUGGGAGCUCUGUCCGGGUACAUCUACUUCAACAAGCAACGACAGAACCGCAAGAGAAACGUCAGAGAGUCGCUGGUGAACGAGUGGCUUGAGGAAGACGUGGUCUGGCCUAAAUCUAGAGAUCAUCUCCCUGCACCUUCAGCGACGUACAGUAACCCCUCCUUCAGCGCGGACCCGACCAGCCGCCAGGGCCGCUUCCUCAUCCAGACCCCCCCGCGGGGAACCGCCGCAUCCUCUACCGGCACCUCCGACUCAGGGCAGAACCAACUCCAGCUUCAACCGAUAUCAAUAAAUCCGCCGAUCCAGAUCCGUCGGCCCCAGAUAACGUUGGAGGUGAGCCAGCGGCGGGACCAGCCUGCCAGCUGGAGAUAGUGUACCGGUCCCCUGAAGAAGGAGCAUUUGUAACGCGAGCGACGAGACAGGAUAACUUUCUUUUAAAUGUUUAAUAAGAAAACGCAAAAUCAUAAUAUCAAACACACGGUCAAAGAACUGUGUUGCUUCCUACAGUAUCUGACUCCAACUAACAAAUGUUAAAGUCCAACCCUAAUAAUUAGUAUCAGUUAAUACCAAUCAGAAACGUCUUAUUUAUUUAACCAUUAGGGAUGUCCCGAUACCACUUUUUCACUUCCGAUACUGAUACCAUAGCUUAGGCUAGUGGCUGAUUCCGAUAUCUAUCCAAUACUUUGUUGUACUCUCGAACAAAUAAUAAUAAUAAAGAUAUAUAUGGAA